AUGUCCGGAAGCAACAGCGACAAUGUUGACGAGCCCCUCCGGGUCGUCACCCCCCCCCGCGACCUCCCAUCCGCCCACCAGGGCCCGGCUGCCGAGCUCUCCCUCCCUGGCCAGGAGGAUGUUGAGGCUGCUGAUGGAGACGCCGAGAACUCUAUUGAGUUCGAGGCUCUCAUCAGCGGUCGUGACAAGGGCGAUGAUGAGGUGAAUAGUGGCGGUGAGAGCUCUGAGGAGCUUUCACCUGUCCCCCCCUCGGAGUCUGAGGGUGAGGAUGAGAAUGUUUCGGACAUUGAGCCUUCCGAGAAGGAGUCCAAAAAACGCAAGGCCAGCUCUUCCCAGAAGGGCGGCAAGAAGCAGAAGAGAACACCGAGAGGCCAAGGCACCCCCCGCGUCCCCAAGAAGCUCAAGGGAGUGGCUCCCGAGGAACGGUUAGUGCAGUGCAUGCCCUGUCUUCGGGCAGCCCUCCGGUACACCGACCCUGAGGAUGGUGGUCGUUGUCUUGUGGGAAGUGGUGGCCGGUGUGCGCGCUGCUUCAACGGCCGUUCGGCCGAGGGGUGUGUCGAUGUGCCGGUCGUCUUGCGGCCGAUGGCCUGGGCCCUCACCGAGGCCAUUGUGAAUGGCGCUCCCUCUCUCGAUAUCGCCAAGCUCCGCGGUGUCGUCCACUGGAUGGACGACAACACCAAGAUGUACGAGAACCACAUCGGGUUCUAUGCGGAGGACUUCCUCCCCGCGCGCCCCCCGCCCCCUCCCCCGAGUGCGCCUGUGUUGUCGGUUGCGCCUGUCGUGGUCGUUUACGACCAGCCUCCUGUCGCGGCGCCCGCUCCCGCACCCCAGGUCAUUGACCUGACGGUCGUUCCGCCUCCCGCGCCCCCCGCUGCCCCCGCUGCUCCUGGCUUCGUGGACUUCGAGGCGCGCAAGGCGCGGUUCCUGGCGCGCGUGCCCACCCUCCUCGCCAGCGACGCCAUGAUCCCGGCGAUCGCGUACUUCGUGGACCAGGAGUUCAAAUAG